AUGGCUGAUCGUAAAUCUACCGAUGCUGACGAUGUUUUCGAGUUCUUGGAGUCCUUGCCCAAGAAUGGGGACCCUAAAGAGUCCAAAGUGGCAGAGGGAAAGAACAAGAAUGAUAGCGAUAUCAUGGAUUUCCUAGAUGAAUUGGAGAAAAGCAACUUGAGUCUGAACAAGAAGGGUGAAGCCAAGCAAGAAAAGGCCCCAGUGGUUGAAAAAGUGCAAGAAAAGGCUCCAGAGGUCGAACAGGCUCCAGAGGUCGAACAGGCUCCAGAAGUCGAAAAGGCCCAAGAAAAGAUACCUCAAGAGAAGGCUCCACAGGAGGAAGCACAUGAGAUUGAAGCAACCAAUAGGGAAGACACUCCACUGCAUGAUCCUAUUACUUCUAUUUCCAAUUGGUGGUCGUCUUCAGGCUCUGCGACUGUGUCCAGCUUUUGGAACAAGACCACUGAACAAGCUUCAAAUAUUAAGACAAAGCUUGCGCAGGAUCAAUUGGAACUUACUUCAAAGAUAAAUGCAGCCACUAUAACAGAAUUGGCUAGAAAUUUACAAAAGAUUGUCGCGGGGGAAACCGAUGAAGUGCUGAGGAUCCACUUAGUACAUGAUCUUGUCAAUUUCCCACAUUUACGAUACAACAUCGAACAAAAAUUCGAUCAAGUGCUAAGCUCUCAGGUUCAAGGUGGGAUAAGAAUAUUCGUGGAUCAAUGGGGUCAUCCAAACAAGUCCGAAAUCGAUGAGGAUCCAGCUGGACAGCGCAGAUUGAAUCUUUUCAACGGUAAGAUCACCGAUGGGGAGAAGUUGGCCUUUGCAAAUCUCGAUAAUGCCAUCAAGCUAUUCGAUAAAGCGCACCAAGAAAUAUUGAAACAGCAGAAGGAUGCACAAGACCAGGAAGAAAGUUCCAGCACAGAAGCAAAUAUCAGCGAUGUUUUCAUAUCGAUCCUGCCAAUUGGUGUCCCACAGGACAGCAAGAGCACAAAAGGCGAUAUUGUUACAACGGAUUCCCGCCACCCGGGCAAUUUCAGUUUCACAGUGAUCCUCAAGGAUAUAACCAACGACAUCUCUACGAUUACCAGAUCACAAGGCUUCCCCAUGAAAUGGGUUAGCUGGCUGGAGAAACCAACUGAACAAACCGACUCCGAGGAAGAAGUUGUUGACCCCAGUGACUGGGUCAAAGAAUGGGUCGAGGACGGGCUCUCAUUAUCCCUUGGGGUCGCUGCGCAGAACUAUGUCAUUGAAAGAAUGGGGUUUUCAUAA